AUGGUUUCCUGGGAAGAGCUUCCUCUGAAGAAUCUUACCACAGUCACAGAAUUCCUUUUGCUGGGAUUUUCUAACCUCCAAGACCUACAACUUGUGCUCUUUGCUAUCUUCCUCUGCCUUUACAUAAUUAUCCUGUGUGGGAACAUUACCAUUGUUACUGUCAUUCUCCUGGAGCAUAGCCUUCACAUCCCCAUGUAUUUCUUUCUAGGUGUCCUUUCUGUCUCUGAGACCUGUUAUACCUUUGUCAUCUUACCCAAGAUGCUUCUCAACUUGCUCUCUGUUCUCAGAACCAUCUCCUUCACCAGCUGUGCGAUCCAAAUGUUCUUCUUUCUUUCCUUUGCUAUCAAUAACUGUUUGUUGUUGGGUGUGAUGGGUUAUGACCGCUAUGCUGCCAUCUGCCACCCUCUGCGUUAUCCAAUCCUUAUGAACUGGAGGGCCUGCAGACUGUUAGCAGCUACUUGUGGCUUGAGUGGAUUCCUGAUCUCAAUGGUUGGAACAACCUUGGUCUUCAUUCUGCCCUUCUGUAACUCUAACAAGAUCCGCCACUACUUCUGUGACAUUUCACCCGUCAUUCACCUUGCCUGUGGUAACACCUAUAUCAAUGAGAUGAUCAUAUUCAUCUGUGGAGUCCUAGUGCUUGUGGUCCCCUUGAUUUUCAUCUGCUUCUCCUAUGUCUUCAUUGUCAGCACCAUCUUAAGGAUUCCAUCCACUGAAGGGAAGAGGAAGGCCUUCUCUACCUGUGCUUCCCACCUUACAGUGGUUAUAGUGCACUAUGGAUGUGCGUCUUUUGUUUACCUGAGACCUUCAUCCAAGGUCUCAUCUGGCAAAGACCAGUUGGUGACAGUGACUUAUACCAUCGUCACCCCCUUGCUGAAUCCUAUGGUUUAUAGCCUCAGGAACAGGGAUGUACAGAUGGCCAUUAGGAAAGUGAUUGGCUUUGGAAAGUUUUCCCAGAAAACUACAUAA